UGUUUCUAAACAAGAAGAUCCUCUUAAGCGAUUCUUAAAUGUUGUAAGGUAUUAUAUAUCAGGAUGGCAUAUUAAACCCAAGGGUGUAAAAAAACCUUAUAAUCCGGUAUUGGGAGAGUUCUUUCGCGCUCGUUGGCAUUUCUCUGAUAACACUGAAGCAUGUUUCGUAGCCGAACAAGUCUCCCACCAUCCGCCGAUCUCUGCAUAUUAUUAUGCAAGUCCAGAAAACAACCUGAUCAUUUGCGGUGACAUAAGACCGAAAUCAAGAUUUUUAGGAAAUAGUGCAGCUACAUUGAUGCAAGGUGAAUCUAAAAUCAUUUUCACCAAUCGACCAGGUGAAAUAUAUCGGAUCGAAAUGCCAAAUGUGUAUGCGCGUGGAAUCCUAUUUGGUAGAAUGGUAAUGGAGUUAGGAGACAACUCCACGGGAUUUUUUACUGGGGCUUACAACUCAAUUUAUGGAAAAAUAAAGCGUGAAUCUACUGGAGAAGCACUUUAUGAAAUUACCGGAAAAUGGUCAGAUAUCAUGUACAUUAAGAACCUUGAGACAGGCCAAAAGGAAGUGCUAUUUAGUGUUCAGGAUUCAAAGAUAUGUCAAAAGACUGUAGCACCAGAAGGAGAACAAGAAGAAAAUGAAUCUCGUCGUUUAUGGUCGAAAGUUACCAGCGCUUUAAUAGGAAGAAAUCUGGAUCUUGCUACCGAUGAAAAGACCUUAAUUGAAGACAAUCAGC